AUGCGCCUGCGCAUGUUGUUGGUCCUUUUCUUCCUGCUCGUGCUUCUGGGCAUUCUUGGGUUUGCUCCCAUUGAUUUGCAAGGCAAGAUCAACGACAAGGUUCUCCAUUACUUUGCUUUCACGAUCCUCGCCAUCUGCCUAUACUUCUUGUGGGAUCUGUCGUAUAAACGAAACCUAAUAUUGGCAGGCAUCGUCCUGUACUCCUUUGCCAUUAUAAGCGAAUGUGUUCAAGGGCUUUUACCGUACCGUACGUUCGAUGGAUACGAUAUCUUGGCUAAUGUGUUGGGCGGCUCAACAGGUCUGUUGAGUGCGUUUUUAAUUGAUUAUUUCUUUACUUCUCGGCAAGAGCACAAGCGGCGAUGGGGUGGCAAACGAGAAGCCGAAUACCAACGAGCAUUAAUGGACGAAAUGGAUUUGGGCGAAGAGGAAAUAGAGAGCGAUGAUGAUCGAUAUAAUAACCAUGUCGACGAGGAACGACGACGCAUGCUGCCGUGA